GACAUACUGGCAUGCCCAACAGGGACCUGAAAGUACUGUUCGAGAUGUCAGGAAGGGAUUUCAGUGUCCAGCGGAGCAGAGAAGAGUUGGAUGGGUUAUUCCAGCCCCUGGCAGCUAUGAUGUUCAAAAAUCAUAUGAAAUGUCCCAACUUAAACAUAAUUACAUGCCACCUCGCAGUUUGGUGGCUGAAAGAAAACAUACCUCCUUCCUUAGUGGAGCUCCUCGGUGCCUAGAAAAAAUGACUGAUGGGCCAGGGCCUGCAGCAUACAAUCCUGUUUUCAAGAAAUCUUGCCCCAUACCUUCAUUUUUUAAAGCAUCGAAGCAUUUUGAAGAUUCUGAUGAGGUUACUCCUGGCCCAACAACAUAUGAGCUUAGUCCAUUUUUAAGACAUUCUGUUCUGAAGAAAACAUUUAAUGUCACUCUGUCAAAUCCUUUUGUGACAAAGACAGGAAACACUACAGAACAAAAAGCCAAACAAAAACACCCAGGAGGCAAAACGCAAGCUUCUAAAUGGUGUCUGGAGUUGUGCCGUCGGGAAUGAAAAGGCUGCUCAAUAAGAAGAUGUGUCUCAGAGGUAAUUUCUAUUAAUACAAAGGUAAGCUGACAGGUCUCUCGUGGAGAAGCACUUCCAGGUUGAUGAUGUCCUCCAUCAGCUGCUCAAAGGAACAUAAUUGCUCUUCUAACCUCUAGAGAGGGAUAAAUCUGUUCUUGUAAGACAGUGAAUUCUUUUUUUCCUUUUAAGUUUUUCCUGUUACAAAAGCAUUAUAUAUAUAUUCAUGGUAUUCUUUCUAAAUGUAAAACUGAUGCUUCCAUAUAAAACAUAA